GCAGCGCCGUGGCCAUUUUGGCCGUCUUAUCCUUCCUGGUGGUGGUCUCUGCCUCAUUGCUGUAUCUGGUGGAAUCAGAUCGCUGUGAAGAGCGCGGGUUGCCCUGCGCGGGCUUUGAAAGCAUUCCGGCAUCUUUUUGGUUCUCCACCAUCACCUUGACCACCGUGGGUUACGGUGACGUCUAUCCCUUCACCGCCCUGGGCCGCGCCGUGGCGGCCUUCCUGGCCGUUUGCGCGGUGAUUCUGCUGUCGUUGUCCGCCGCGCUGCUCUCGGUGAAUCUGGCGGAGACCAAACGGACCACGCAGCAGUUGGACCAAACGGAGAAGGAGAUGCUUUUGGAACUCAAGAAGUCUUGGGACACCUUGGCGCACAGCUUGGCCGUGGCCAACGCCCAAGCUUCGAAAGUGUCCACAACGGUGGCGGGUCGACCCACGUUGCAGCUGUUGGAGGACAAGGGCAGGUCUCUUUGUUUCGAAAUGCAAGAAUGCUUGAGUUUGAUGCUCCAGCCCCAUUAGCUUCUGUGGUGCCGUGAGCAAUUCGUGGCUAAGUUGCCUAGCU